GGCGGGGCCAUUUUGGGGGCAGUAAGACCCAGCGCGGGCCCGAGGAACACCCGCCGCCGAGCGCCGCGCACCCGCCCGUCACCCACCGCUCUCCCUCUCGCCAGGCACCAUGAGCGAGGCGGCGGAGACGACCAGCACCGCCAGCCCGGCGCCCGCCACGGCCACUACCACAACCACCACCGCCACCACGACUACGACCGCUGCCCCGGCUGGAACUCCCGCACCGCCGUCGCCCGCCGCUCCGGACGCUAAGCCUAAGAGUCCAGUCAGCGCUGCCGCGCCGGGCGCGGCUGUUGGUGAGGCGGCCCCCGGCGCUGCUGCUGCCGCCGCCGCCACAGCCACCGCCGCAACAACCGCCGCGGCCGAGACGGAGAAGAAAGUGCUGGCCACCAAAGUUCUUGGCACAGUCAAGUGGUUCAAUGUCAGAAAUGGAUAUGGCUUUAUCAACAGAAAUGAUACCAAAGAAGAUGUGUUUGUUCAUCAGACAGCAAUAAAGAAAAACAACCCACGGAAAUAUCUGCGCAGUGUUGGUGAUGGAGAGACUGUAGAAUUUGAUGUGGUCGAGGGAGAGAAGGGUGCAGAAGCAGCUAAUGUCACUGGUCCAGAUGGAGUCCCUGUAGAAGGCAGCCGCUAUGCUGCAGACCGGCGCCGCUAUCGACGUGGAUAUUUUGGCCGGCGCCGUGGACCACCUCGAAGUGGUGGUGAGGGAGAAAUCAAGGAUGGGGUCACAGAAGGAGGACAACUUCAUCAACAAGUCCAUAGGAAUCCUACCUAUCGUCCCCGCUAUCGCAGAGGGCCCCCGCGUCCACGCCCUGCCCCACUGGCUGGAGAGGCUGAAAACAAAGAGAACCAUCAUGAGGCCAACGCCAUGAGUCAGCAGCCACUUCGUCGUGGGUAUAGGCGCCCGUACAACUACAGGCGUCGGCCUCGUCCACCCAAUGCUCCAGCUCAGGAUGGGAAAGAGACAAAGGUGACUGAAACACCUGCUGAAAAUCCUGCUCCAGUGACCGAGCAGAGUGGCGCUGAGUAAUGUCCGGCUCCCCAGGCACCUCUACUAUUCCUCAGGUGUCCUAAAAUACAACUCAAAAGUAACACCAAAGAAACACUCAAGCAAUAAAUUGUCAACAGUGAUGAUGAAAGCAAAGAUUUGAAACAUCAGAACUUAAAAGAAAAAAAAAUUACCAGCAGCUGAGAUCCAGGGAACGCCUGCAAGAUAAAUGUAUGAAGAGAGAAAAAGAGAGCGAGAUUCAGAAAGAGCAACCUCCCCAGUUUCAACAGCAACUGUGGGGUUUUUUGUUUUUGGGGUUUUUUAGAAUUUCACUGUUUCGCUAGUAUUGAAUUUUUCAAUUUUUCUUUUGGUAUCAAACUGAAAAGGGAAAAAACCCAACUAAUGAACUGAAAUUGAAAUAAAAUGCUUUUUCUUAUUGGAUGCUGGUGCUAAACCUCCCAAGUGUGAGUUUUUUUUCUGUGCCAGUCCUGGUCACUGCAGGACACGGGGAGGAGAAACUUCCGCUUUCCUUGGUAAGAUCUAUUUGAAACUGUGCAGCAUGGGUGACGUUCCUCACAAAUAAAAGUGAUUUCAACUACCAAAAAA